CCAAGGCGAAGGCGGCGGGGAUCUCGCGAGACCGGGAGCCAUUUCCGGUCUGUUCGUGGUAGAGGCCCGUUCUGCGCCUGCGCAUCAGCUCCGGCGGCUCGCGCUGGGGGGGGAGGGUGAAAGGAACCAAAGGCGCCGCUGCGUUUAGAAGGUUUUCUCCGGAGAGGAAGAGGCGCCGGCUCGGGCUCUCCGGAGUGAGACCGUGUGAGGCAGAGAGAAGGAGAAGCGGUUACGGAACCUAGGGUGAACUGGAUCUGUCCCCGCCCGCCCCUUUUCGGUUAUUUUUUUUGUGUGUCACCCCGGCAGCGGUUCGCGGAUAACGUCCAAUUGGACUGCGGCCGGAGCGUUGAGUGACAGUCCGCCUGACCAAUCAGCCGCAGAGCCUGGAAUGAGUGACAUCUACGCCAGACAAUCAAUAGCGGAAUACCGGGUGAGCGAUGGCCAAUUUAUAGCCAAUCAGCAGCGGUCGAGGACUGAUUGACAGUCGGACUGGCAAAUCGACAGCGGGGCCGGGCCUGAGUGGAGGCCUGCCCCCCCCCCAGUCCGUGUGGACGGCAGCCAUUUGCGAAUUGGUUAUGAGUCUGCGACCAAUCAGUGAACUGAGUGAGUGGGUCUUUCUUAGUUGUUGUAGAACCUCCAAUAGAGAGAGAGGGAUGAGCAAGGCCUGAGGCUCCCUGUGAGUCUGAGACAAUCCCUGAUCGCCCUCCCCCCAACACACAGUUCACCCCGAUGGAAUUCCCCGACCACGGCCGUGUGCUGCUGCAGAGCCUGCGGGACCAGAGGCACCAGGGUUUCCUGUGUGACUGCACGGUGCUGGUGGGGGCGGUGCAGUUCCAGGCCCACCGAGCCGUGCUGGCCUCUUUUAGCACCUACUUCCACAUGUUCUACAAGGAGGAGGCGGCGGCAGUGACAGCAGGCCGCCGGGACGUGGUGGGCCUGGACGACGAGAUAGUGACGGCGCCGGCCUUCUCGUUGCUGCUCGAGUUCAUGUACGAGGGCCGGCUCCGCUUCAGCGGCGCUCCCACCGAAGACGUCCUGGCUGCCGCCAGCUUCCUGCACAUGAACGACAUCGUCAAGGUGUGCAAGGGCCGCCUGAAGGCCCGGGCCCUGGCUGAGGCCGACAGCACCCGCAAGGAGGACGAGGCCCAGCAGCAACCACCACCAGGCGCAGGAGGAGGCCUCGGAACUUCGGGCCUGUCCACCUCCUACCAGGGGGUUGUACCUCCUCCUCCUGCACCUCCUCCGCAACCACUGCCUCGGAGGCAGCUCCCUCUGCCAGCGGAGCUGCCGUAUGCCUCAGGGCGCCCGGAGGGUGAGCAGAACGGGGCUGGGGCCUCCCUCCUGCUGUUGCAGCCUGAGGCCCCGGCUUCGGGCCCUGGCCGCUGGCCCCCCGAGCCGGCAGACACUACCACCAGCCAGGCCGGCAUGGAAACGGAGGCCUACCCCAGCAGGCCAGCUGGCAACGUCCUGGCCAGCCCCUCGUCGUCAACAGCUGAGGCCUCGGGCCCUCGCUGGGCCGGGGUGUCGGGCGAGAGGAGUGGCCGGAGGAGGAAACCCCAUGAGGAGGAGGACGAGGAGGCAGCCGGGGACGGAGACACGGAGGAGGACGGCGAUCUGAUCACUGUCAAGGUGGAGGAUGACCUGUUCUCGGAGGAGGAGGGCGGUGAGGAGCCACCCGAGGGCGAGGCCGAGGAGGUGGAGACAGCAGCCUCCUGUUGCCCGCAGCUUGAUGAGCUCUUCCAGCAGCCAUCCCGAGGCUGCCCACCCACAGAGUUAGCCCAACCCCAGGCCCCAGCCUUGGCCUGCAGUGGAGGGGGAGGGGGCCACAUUGUGAUCUCGGAUGAGGAUGAGAUGCCUUCAGAGGACGACGCGUUCCCGGCUCCCAGCCUCUACCACCAGCAGCACCGGGGCCUUCCUGCUCCCGCUCCACAGGCCUCUCCGGGAGACCUGGGCUCUCCGGCCGCCCUGGGCCUUUCAGCCAAGCUGUACUUCCAGGACCUGCCACCAGGGCCUGGAGCGGGCCCAGCUGGGUCCGAGGAUGAGCUGCCGACCUGUGGGGCCUGCGGCAAGACUUUCUCCUGCGCCUACAGCCUGAAGCGCCAUGCCCUGGUGCAUACCCGUGAGAGACCCCACAGCUGCCGCUUCUGUCUCCGUCGCUACUCUCAGUCCGGGGACCUGUACCGCCAUAUGCGCAAGUACCAUAAUGCCCACGUCUCAUCCUCAUCCCCUGGACCAGGGCCUGGCCCUGGCCCUGGCCCCGGACCUAGCCCCGGACGACAGGACUCCUCCAACGGGGGCUGGAAGUGGCUGGACAAGCCUCCUUCAGAACAGUGGAAAUGAAAUCCAUCCCCAUUCCCCGUUCCCCAUUCCCCGACCUCUCCUCCAUCCUCAACUCUUCCCCUCCCCUUCUAUCCUCAACUCAACUCUUUUUUUCCUUCUUUUAUCCUCAACUCAACUCUUUUCCCCCUUCUUCUAUUCUCAACUCAACUCUCCUCCCCUUUUCUAUUCUCAACUCUUCUCCCCCUUCUUCUAUCCUCAACUCAAUUCUUUCCUCCCCUUCCAUCCUCAACUCAACUCUUCUCCAUUGUCUAUUCUCAACUCUUCCCCCUCUUCUAUCCUCAACUCUUCCCCACUCUUUCCCCCUUCCCCCACUCUUCCCCCCCCUUCCCUCCUCAACUCUUACCCCACUGCCAACUCUUUCUCCCCUCCACUUCCCCGCCCACCCCUUCUCCCCACUCCCACUUUGUGUCCUGAAGUGACAGUGGACAGUUUUCGAUGCUGCAAGAGUUCUAACAUUUGGAGGAAAAAAAAACACAAAAUUGCAACAAAAAGUCUUUUAAUAUAUACAUAUAUAUAUAUCCACACCAACCAUCCUGUAAAAUGACUUUAAAUCCAGUCCCAGGAGCAGUUGAGUAAAAGCUGUACAUUUGAGGAAUGGGUCUUUGUUUCUAAUUAAUUUCUUUGUUCGUACUCUCUCUGGGUCAAAUGGGUGAUGAUUUAACAGCAUUUAAUUUGUUACGUAUAUUAAAACAAUCUUGGAUCUGC